AUGUCUUCUCCUUAUUCUUCGUCCAGUGGUAAAUCCGAUGUGGGCAGGCGGACGCUGGAGCUCCGCGUGGCUCCUCAGCAGCAGCAACCAGACACGCAGCAGGUGCAGCAUUCAAAGAAAUUCGUGUGCAUAGAAUGCGGCGCUGCCGUGGAGUGUAUCUACAGGGCGCUUCCUCCGGGAUCGGAUAACAUUCGACUGGUUUGCUGUGGCAACUGCGGCGAGCUAGCAGACCCUUAUCUGCAGCACGACUCGCUGCUGCUGGCGCUGGACUUGCUGCUGCACAAACCCCAAGUGUAUCGCCACCUUUUGUACAACAGAGCGCCUGAUACGAGGGGAACCAUCCCCCUGAACAUUGUUAAGUUUGCUGUUGCAUGCGUUUUCUUUGACGCCUACCUCAAAUGGUUCCUUUUGCACACGCCAGAGCAGCCGCACCAACAGCAGCAACCUCAGCAAGACCAACAAGAGCCAUGUGAUCAACAUGCCGACUGCCAGUGCACCGAGAAGGAGAAGAAUGACGGCCAGCUGUACUUCGAGAUGCAUGAUAGAGUAGAGGACGUCGCCGUGGCUGCUGCAUUGCAGCAGCAGCAACCGCUGCACGGAAAGAGGCGGUCUUCCAGGAUAUCCUUUUUCCGUAGUGCCUUCAUAGGAUGUUUUCUGUUUUGGGGGAUUUCUGCUUUUAUUCGUGCCAAGAUGAAUCGUUGCACCGGUAAUGCCUUGACGCCUGCGCUUGGGGGCCGUUCCUUAGAGGGAGCGCAGCGUUCUCCGCUGCUGUGCUUGCAGCCUGACUGCAGGGAAGUUGUGUCAGCUGAAUCAUCAGAAGCAGCAGCAGCAGCAGCGGCGUCGAGCGACGCUUGUACGAGAGAUGGGGGCUCUCUUGAUCGGAGUCAAAGUGGUGGCAGCAACACAAUCUGCAGCAAGUGCGGCGUAGGAUGCCCCCCCCCCCAUGGUUCCCAUGAUCCGUCACUCCAGCGGCAAGCACAGCAGCACAAGCCUGUUCUCCGACCUUCAGGCAGUUUCGUGACAGAGCAACAACAGCAGCAACAACAGCAGCAGCAGCAGCAGCAGAUGUCGCGUUGGUUGUUAUCGCCGUCAACCGCGGCUAUCGAGCAGCAAGUACUGGUGCUGCUGUGUGCUGCCUCUGAAUUGCUGACCUUCCUCGGAGUUGCCAUGCUGCUCACGCGUCUCUACGUCGCGUGGAGACAAAUGAAGAAGAGGCGAAUCGCCAUACCUGCUGUGGUCAAGAGUAAGGCUACAACUACUGCUUCCACUGCAGCUGUUGCUGCUGCUUUUUCUUCAAAGGGAUUUUCUCAAGCCCUUAGCGUGGCGUUUGCCUGGCGCGCAAAGGCGAUGGCCCCUGCCGAUUCAGGAGGAGUGGGGGAUGCAUGCACCUCCGCAACAGCAGCAGAAACUGCAGUAGAAACUCCAUUCGUACAAGAGGAUGAGUUCGAGCUGGGGGUGUUGCUAACAGCUCUGGGUUUGUCUCUCUACAGCAAGCUAGGCACGCUUUUGGUAAUGGCUUGGCAUGAGGCCCUCUUGCUGCGGCAUUGCGUGGCAGCCUUCACUUUCAGCAGCAACGUUGUUGCCCUCAACGUCUUCCUACACCCUUCCCCCCCUGCAGCUGGUCUGCUGAUUGCUGCUGCUGCGACUGUCGCCAGGGCAGCAGUCAGAGCUGUCUCGCUUGUGCUGCUGCAGCAAGCGAUUCCAGCGGCGGCUGCCGCUGCAGCCGCUGCGGAGGGUGAAGGCCCCUUCGAGAGGCAUAUUCGGCUCUUCAUAUAA